ACAAGUUGAUAAAAAGAACAUUUACUAGUAUAAAUUCAAAAACAUCAGCCAAUAUUUCACAUAUAUUCGCCCUAUAUCUUAAUAAGUUCCCAUCUUUUAAGCACUACCACAUUUGCACCAGAAGUUCAAUGGAAGAUUUUGAUCCUGCAUACAUUCAACCCAUUGAACACAGGCCAAUACUCCUCAUACAUGAAGCUGAGGGUAUUCCAAUCAUUGAUCUUUCAUCCAUUACAAACAACCAUUUAUCCAAUGAAAAUGAUCAUAGCAAUAAUAACAACCUAACUAGUCUUAUAACUGAGAUAGGCAAUGCCUGCGAGAAAUGGGGAUUCUUCCAAGUGAUCAACCAUGGUGUGCCACUCGAAAAGCUCGAGGAAAUAGAGCUUAUAGGGAGGAAAUUCUUUGCUUUAUCUAAAGAGGAGAAGCGGAAGGUUGGCCGUGAUGAACAUAAUCCAAUGGGGUAUUAUGACUCCGAACAUACAAAGAAUGUUCGAGAUUGGAAACAAGUUUUCGAUUUUACUGCCAGAGAUCCCUCUAUCAUUCCUGUUUACCCUGGUGAUCUUCAACCCAAGGAGCUGAUAAACCGCUGGCCUCAGUCUCUCCCCGAGUUCAGGGAGGUAACCAGAGAAUAUGCAAGAGAAGUGGAAAAACUCGGGUUUAAAUUGUUAGAGCUGAUAGCCUUGAGCUUAGGGCUGGCAGCAGAUAGGCUUAAUGGCUACUUCAAGGAUCAUGCAAGCUUCAUGCGGCUCAACUACUACCCAGCCUGCCCUGCUCCUGAGCUUGUUCUCGGCGUUACUCGACACAAAGAUGCAGGUGCCUUGACAAUUCUAGCAGAAGAUGAUGUUGGUGGAUUGCAAGUCCGACGGAAAUCAGAUGGUGAAUGGGUCAGUGUAAGACCCAACCCCGGUGCUUUUACCAUCAACGUUGGUGACAUAAUUCAGGUUUGGAGCAACGACAGAUAUGAAAGUGUGGAGCAUAGGGUGAUGGUGAACUCAGAGAAGGAGAGGUUAUCGAUUCCAUUUUUCUUCUACCCAGCUCACUAUAUUAUGAUCAAGCCCUUGGAAGAGAUAGUUGAUGACCAAAACCCUCCCAAAUACAGAGAAUAUAACUGGGGAGUUUUUUUCGCAACAAAAAGGAAAAGCAAUUUCAAGAAGCUCAAUGUUGAGAACCUUCAAAUCUCUCACUUUAAGAUUAUUUGAACUAUAAACUGCCUUCAUCUAGUUCAAGUUAUAUUGCAAUAAUGCAAUUACACCAACAGUUCUGUAUAGAGGGAGUACUAUCGAGUAUCGAUAUACUACCAUAAAACUACCCAAGUAGUCUUUAGAAAUAAGGUAAGAGGUAUCUCCUACCAUCAAGAUCUUCGAUACGACUAUACGAGCAUAUUGUGUUAUACACUACUAAGUACUAAAUAUAGAUGAAUAAUGGAUUGUACUAGCCUUUCUUCUGUUUUC